AUGGAUGCACGUGUAGAAACAGUUAUGUCUUACUUGGAUCUAGAGUCGGAGGAGGUUCUUACCGAAGGUAUUUGGGGGAUGGGGGGCAUUGGUAAGACCACCCUUGCAAUCAUCGCUAAUGAAGUUUACCAAGAGAUUCAUAACCGAUUUCAUACUAGUGGCUUUGUUCGCAAUGUCAGAUUGCAAUCACCAGUAGUUGAGUUGCAGGAACUUGUUUGCAAGUUAUCAAAGAAAAAGGUGCUUCUUGUUCUAGACGACGUUGAUGAUUUAAGACAAAUAGAAGGUUUAGUACCAGGAGGGUCGGCCGGUGAAGAGAACUUUUGGGGUCCUGGGAGUCGGCUCAUUAUAACAACUAGAGAUAGAAGAAUAUUGACAGAGUUUGGAGUACGAAAUGAUAAGAUCUAUGAGGUUGAAAAAUUGAAUGAUGAGGAAGCUUCUCAGCUUUUGUGUAGGAAAGCCUUCAAGAAUGUCAAUCCCCCAACAGAGUUUGCAGAGCUGACCCAGAGUUUUCUGAGAUAUGCUAGUGGCCUUCCUUUAGCUCAUGAAGUUUUAGGGUCACACUUGUCUGGAAGAAGCGUCUAUGAAUGGGCAGAGGUACUGGAUAAACUUGAUAGAGAUCUGAAUAAAGACAUUUUUAAUGUGCUUCAAGUAAGUUUCGAUGGAUUAGAAGAUAUGGAUAAACAGAUUUUUCUAGACAUUGCUUGUUUCUUCAAUGGCGAGGAUGAUGCUCGUGUGGAAAAGAUACUGAAAGGUUGUGGCUUUUCUUCCCGAAUAGGAAUAAAUAUCCUCGUCAACAAAUGUCUGGUAAAAAUUGAAAGGGGUAAACUGUGGAUGCAUGAUUUACUAAGGUGCUUGGGUUGGCAUAUUGUCCGCAGAGAAUCUCCUGCUCACCCCGGAAAUCGGAGCAGACUGUGGCUCGAUGACAACGAACACAAAUAUGAAACGAGAAGGUCGUGGCGUAUUGAGGAUGCUCGUAAUGUUCUCACAGAAAAUACGGGAACAACUGCUGUGGAAAGCUUAUUUUUAAGCUUGCCUGAAAAAGAAGUAAUCCGUUUGAACUCUGACCCAUUCUUAACUACGAGCAAACUGAGAUUGUUGAAGAUUUGCAAUGUGAACUUUAAGCAGGAUGUGCCCGUACAAUAUCCCUCUAUACACUUGCGGCUUUUGGAAUGGCAUGAAUGUCCUCUAGAAUCUCUGUCAUCUUGGUUUUCAUCGCGACAGAGGCUGGUUGAACUCAAGAUUCCAAACAGCCGCAUUGAAAGACUAUGGGAUGAAUCGGUUUAUCAGCUGAACUCGCUAAUACACAUGGAUCUUUCCAACUGCCGAUGUUUAACCAUGACACCGGACUUCAGCGCGGUCCCAAAUCUUGAGACAUUGAUCCUUGAAGAUUGUACAGAGUUAUCAGAGGUUCACUGGUCAACUAUGCGUCUCCAACAUCUGGUUUUAUUGAAUUUGAAAGGUUGUGUGAAUCUAAAGGAGCUUCCAGAUAUAAUCGAGUUGAGAUGUCUUCGAACCUUUGUUCUUUCAGGAUGUACAAACCUCAGAGUGUUUCCUUAUACUGCGGACCACAUGGAGACUUUGAUUGAACUUUUUUUAGAUGGCACGGCUAUUGAACACCUGAUAGGGCUACCAUAUGUGCAUUUGAGAAGCCUUGCUUUACUAAAUCUGAGCGGGUGCAAGAACCUCCGAAAACUUCCUUUCUCCACUAGGGGUAUCACUGGUAUGACAUCCCUGAAGUUCCUCUGUUUGUCAUCGUGUUCAAGGAUGACAACACUGUCAGAUGACAUACACCGCUUGGAAUUCUUAGAGGAGCUUGAUGUGUGUGAUACUGCUAUAGUAAGAGUGCCCGUGUCCAUUUCAUCCCUUAAGAACUUCUGUGUUUCCAUGGGUGCUCUGGAUUACGCCUGCCGUACCUUCCACCAGAGUUUGGAUUUGAGUGAAAACAGUUUCUCAAGCAUACCUGAAAGCAUCUGUCAACUUCCUGAGCUUAGAGAGAUUUCUCUGCGUGGUUGUGACAAUCUAGAGUCGUUGCCCGCAGAUCCUCCAGCUUCAGCUGAAAAUGUAGAUAUACGAGGUUGUACUAGGCUGAAUCGUUCCGAUAAGUGGAUGAGAUUGGCUUCAGAUGUGGGUUUGCGUAUCAGAAACUGUCGAAAAUGCAAUGAUCGGCGCCCUCUCAUGUCCUUGAGUGUGCAGUUCGAUGAAUUCCAUGAAACUCCCUAUCCUUAA